AUGCAGAUACCUGCAAACCGCAGUCAUGGCUUUUUGUCAGCACAAAUUAUCAUAAUUGAACCCAGUCUUCACUCAGAAGAUAAAGUCUUCCCUGUACAAAAGUUUCAUGUUGAAGAAGAAUGGCAAACAUAUUGGUCUCUGACAGAAUCGAUUCCAGCAGCAACAGAGGACAAACCAUCACAAACUACAGCAUUGUCAGUAGUUGUCAAACCAACCAACACUCAACAUGUAAUCCUUGCCUUGUUUGUUUUGUCGGUGCUUGCUGCUGUAUGCAUAGUCGUGAGGAUAAGAUGUGCACGUAUAAGUUCUAGUGGUGAUCCAUGUAGUCCCCAGGAGGUGUACGACACAUUUCCUAAACCACGCAGAUCGAUAUCCAUCAAGAGCACCAGUAAAUUGAGUGAAUCUGUUGAAACGUCUUGUAUGGAGCUACAAAUGGAUGCCUCUACUGUCAAUCUCUAUCGAGUCAUUUCUCGUUAUUACAAAGUUACAUCGAAACUGGGAGAAGGAACUUUUGGAGCGGUCUACCGCGCCGUUGACUUACAAACGUCUAAAGAAGUAGCUGUGAAGUUCCCGACCUGUCCAUCAUAUGCCCAAGAUGUCUGGGAUGAAGCUUGCAUAAUGAAAGAAUUGAAUCACAAGAAUGUACUUGAAGCAGUGAAUUCUUUUUACAACAACACAAGUGCUGCAUUAGUGACUGAACUCAUGGAUGGAACUCUGUCUCAACUGAAUGGAAAUAAGAAAUUGAGGGCGGGUCACUUGGCGGCUAUUUUUAGACAGUUGCUUGAAGGAAUAAGUUUCUUGCACCAUCAGAAACUCAUUCACAGAGACAUUGAAUCAUGUAAUAUUCUGGUGAGGAGAAAUGGAGAAAUCAAAAUAGCUGAUUUUGGAACCGCCAUUUACACGAAAGAUGUCGCACAUGAAUUCGGAUAUCAAGUGGGAACGGUAAACUGGAUGGCACCGGAAAUAAUAAAAGGACGACGAUACAGUGAAAAGGUUGAUAUCUGGAGCCUUGGUGUGGUAUUGAUCGAGCUCAUUGAUGGAAUGCCAUGUUAUGGAAGGCUGACAAAAGAGGAAAUAAUCUUCAAGUACAUAUUAAAAUACGGUGCAGUGUCCAAGAAAAUCUAUCGAUUUAAUAGCCUUUUAUUAUGUGACUUCAUGUCAGAGAUGUUAGCCCGCAAUCCACGUCAGCGGCCGAGUGCCAAAGAUCUUUUGAAUCACCCGUUCAUCCAACUGGUUGAGCCGGCCCCUGGGUUAGAAUCCCUGGCAUCACUAAUGGAGAUCUUAAUUUAA